AGCGCUAGAAUGCGUGAUGAAAUGCGCAAAAAUAGACGACACAUCAGAUUUUGAUGAUGUUGUGCUGUUAUCACAAGUUAGCGAUAUUCUCAUCGACUUUCUGCCUGGUAUUGCGGCUCGUUUGGUGGUGAUCGCCGUGGAUGAUCAGAAAUGUGGCCAUAGAAUCGUGACGGGAUGUGUUAAAGCGUGGGCUAGAUUUGUUAGUCUACUUUUAAGGAACUAUGAUCCGGUAGAGGAACCGCCAAAACUGGAAGAGUUACUUGUAGCUAAUCAUGAGAUUAGUAACAAAAAGAGUAAUGAAAUACAUGAUGAAAAACUUGCGUUAUGCGCUGAUUUAUUAAUGGGAUUGACAGCCCAUGAGCAUGCAACAGUGAGACAUCAAUUGGCAAUGAGUAGUAAAUUGCUGAUUGACACUGUAUUUUUAACUUUGCCUGCUACUUCUUCAAAAAUAAUCGAAAUUCUGAUUGUAUUAAACCAGGAUACUGAACAUAAAGAAACAGCUGAAAUAGCAAGCGCAGCACUGGCCGAUGUAACUAACAAAUUAAUAGAGGACACAUUUCGUACGAGAACUUUUGUUGAUAAUUUGCAUCAAUUGUUUCAUCGGCAUUUAACACAUUUGCCAAAUGUAUUCAACGGAUUAAACACUCGCGAUCAAUUGACAGAUGUUUCAUUGUUAACUGGAUAUUUACAACUGUUUGCGCAGAGCAGUCAACUGAAAAGUGUUCUAUUCAACUCCACGAACUUAUAUAAGUUGAUUGGAUGUUUGUUGUACGUGGCCGAGGUGGAUAAAAGCGAUGUCAGCGGCUUGGAGGAGCAUAAAUUGCACGAUUGGAAAGAUGUACCCGAUUGUGCUACACCAUGGAAAAGGUUGAAGUGUAAUAAUAUCCGCAUACAAGAACAAUUGGAAAGCGCAGCUCAUCACCUAGCCCAGUCAAUGAUUGCCGAUAUUGUGUUGGACUAUCUUCUUGAUGUCUAUCAUCAUGAUGUCGAACGAAAAGCAGAAGCUACGUUGCUAAUGAAUGAAAUUUUGUCGGUGGCUCGUUUAGAUAAAGCGAAAGAUGUCAUGGACGCUUAUCUUGAUCCUCAUAAUUGGCAACUUACAUUGAGUGUAGGAAAUGGAACUAGUUUAAAAGACGUGCAAAUUAAUAUAAUACAACUGUGUUUGCAAUUAGAAGGAAUAGGGAAAAUUGCUUUGGCGUACAAAGAGGAAUUCCAGCUGUUUCUCUUGAGAGUUCUCUAUGCUGUUCUGGAGCGCGCUGGUAGUGCCCAUCCAUUGCUGCAAUCUGCUGGUUUGGUGUGCACUGCAAACAUCUCAAUGGCAUGUGGAUACACCAGCGUGACGGAUUUGAUCAACCGGAAUGCUGAUUACUUUGCCUACAAUGUCACAAAUAAACUACGCCGACGUGCGGAGAAUGCUAGUGUUCUCAGCGUGCUUACAGUUGUGAUGCGACAUAGUAACAUGGAAGUUUUACCAUCGAUUGCGGAUAUUAUCGAGGGAGUUUUACUGCAAAGCUGUGAUAAAUUUCAAGAUGAGAACGCAGCGGCGUAUUUACAAGUGUUUGCUGCUUUUAUCAAAUCAUUGCAUGCAUGGCUCAAUGUAUGUGUUGUCAUUGCACCAGUGAUAACAAAACGUGAGCAAGAAGAGAAACAGGAAGUGGUUCGACGACUGCAAUGGGAGGAAUUAAACAAACCCGUUGAUUUAUCCGAUGAUAUCAUGGAAGGAACUGCCGAUGAUGAAAUUGUGAUGGAAGAAGAACUAAAUGAUGAUAAUAACCAACCAGAAGAGUUUGUCAAGCCACCACCGCCGAAACACAUUCAACUGCUCGUGAAAAUCCUCGAGAGAUCUCUGCAUUUCCUCCCUGCUAAAAACACAAACUGCAAAAUCUUUGUCUUGGAGAUUUUAACAUCCGGAGUGGAGGUGUUGAAAGAUUACGAGGAUGAACUCUUACCAAUUGUUCAUAAAGUGUGGUCGCCUCUUGUCAACCGCUUCAGGGAUUUUGAUUCUCCGUUAGUGGUGAAUUUAAGUUUUAUCCUGUUAUCUACCUUGGGCAGACUUUCCAAGGAUUUUAUACGAAUGCGCACCGUGAAGGAGGUGCUGCCUUCAAUUAAUCAACUGUUAAUUGAGCAGUCAAAGGAGAGUUACCUCAAGGAUCGCGGUUCGGCAUAUCGCUACACGCAAGCAUACAAGAUGCAGAUGAGUAUUCUCACUGGCAGCGCUCGUCUGGCAUACGAUUUGGAGUUGGAUGAAAAAAUUGACAUUAUCUUGCCGGGAAUUGAAGAGUAUCUAUGCUCCAAGCAGCCUGUGCCCCUACAGGAAGCCGCGAUGAAUUUCUAUCGACACCUGCAUCAUUUUGAUCCGGACUACGGUACUACAAUCAUCAGAAACCUGAACGAACGCCGAAAACAUGACGAUUGGAAUAGAAAUUUAAAUAUUUUACUAUCAAUUACACAAGUCCAUUGAAA